CGCUCUCGUUCAUUUCUUCCUCGUUUGCAUCACGCACUCGUACUCUCUCUCUCUCUUUCUCUCUCUCUCUAUAUAUAGCGCGGAGAGGUUUCUCUACCAUAUUUCAUCUCUCUCACAUCACUCUCUGUCGUCCUCUCUCUCUAUGUGUACGUAUUUGUAUACGUCUAUAUAGAUACACAAAUUUGGUUGUUUCUCUCUGGGAAUCUGCGAGGGUUUGACGUAGGGGAUGAGGCUUUAGAUGAGGAAGAAUUGAGAUUCAAAUGUUAUUGCAACAAAAAGGGGAUUGGAAUUCAAAUGCUUGGAUCUGCUGGUGGUCUUAUGGCCUCCAGCCUGAAGAAAUCGGUGGAAUUGUGUUUUGUAAGGAAUGCUGUUAGGUUGAAGACAUCUUUUAUGGGGUAAGAAGUGGGGGAGAAAUGGUUUUGAAUUUCAGAUAUUUAAAUACAUGGAGGAGACACGAGAUGAUGCAGGGCCAGCAGAGCAAGGGCCUCCAAAUGCUUCAUGGUGGCCUUCAGAUUUCGUGGACAAAUUUGGAUCUGUUUCUUUGGGUUCCCAUGAAGAAACCUUGAGUAAUACUGAAUCACCUAGAAGUCCGUACCAAGAUGUGUUGUCAUCUCAGACAGCAUCACAAGUUCUAUGGCAAACUGGAAUGCUUUUAGAACCGAUUCCCAAUGGUUUCUAUUCUGUCAUUCCGGAUAAAAGGCUCAAGGAGAUCUUUGAUGAUAUUCCUACUCUUGAUGAACUUCAUACAAUUGAGGCAGAGGGUGUGAAAGCUGAUGUCAUUCUUGUAGAUACUUCAAAAGACAAAAAGUUGUCCAUGCUGAAGCAACUGAUUGUGGCACUAGUGAAAGGAUUGAACUCCAAUCCAGCUGCAAUGAUAAAAAAGAUUGCUGGACUGGUUUCAGAUUUUUAUAAGCGGCCACCUGUGGAAAGUCCAGCAAAAGCUGCACUAGAAGAAACCUCCCACAUGUUUGAUAAUCGAGGAGUCCAACUUUUGGGGCAAAUAAAGCAUGGUUCAUGCCGUCCUAGAGCAAUCCUGUUCAAAGUUCUAGCAGAUACCGUAGGUCUUGAAAGUAGGCUAGUGGUGGGUCUUUCUAUUGAUGGGGCUGUUGAGUGUGUAGAUUCAUAUAAGCAUAUGUCUGUGAUAGUUGUGUUGAACUCUGUUGAACUAUUGGUCGACCUAAUGCGGAUCCCCGGCAAGCUGUUACCCCGAUCAACCAAGGCAAUCUUUAUGACCCAUAUUUCUGCUGCAGGGGAGAGUGAUUCUGCAGAAAAUGAUUCCUGUGAUUCACCACUAGAACCAAACAGUCCCCUAUAUGGAUUUUCAGAGAGAAUGGAUCCUGACAGUGCUGAAAGAGAUGAGAGCCUUCAGUUCCGAGGGAGAUUUGAUGUGCCCUCAAAUGUACAAGGUCCUUCAUUGCGAAAUAUGAUGUUGCGACCUAUCACUUCCAUUGAAAGAAAACUGAGUUUAUCACAUAGUGAACCCAACAUUGCAACUUCAUUUUGGCGCCGUAGUCGAAGAAAGGCCAUUGCUGAACAGCGGACUGCUAGUUCAAGUCCAGAGCAUCCUUCAUUUCGAGCACGUGGCCGGUCCAUGCUCAGUGGUGAUAGGAAAUCUUUUAGAGAUUAUGCUGAUGACAUGCCUACCUCAAGCUACAGGUCAGAUGGUACAUCAACAUCAGAAGCUCGUAGAUUAAGAAGAAGAAGCAUUAGUAUUACUCCAGAGAUUGGUGAUGAUAUCGUAAGGGCUGUACGAGCAAUGAAUGAAACAUUGAAGCAAAAUCGUCUUUUGAGAGAGCAGGGUGAUGAUGACAGAAACAUUACUUCUGGUCUUCAGAAAAAUGACCAAAUCAGUUCUCAAAAAGCAAUAUCGUUACCUUCAUCACCACAUCAAUAUAGGAGUCAAACGUCUGAGAGAAUUGGACCUUCUGAAUUCACGAGAAAUGAUGAAUUGGUCUUAACAUGGAACAGAAUUCUUGAGUCCGCCACGUCUGGUAAUAAACCUCUAUUGCCUUAUCAGGAAUGGAAUAUUGAUUUCUCAGAAUUGACUGUUGGAACUCGUGUUGGAAUUGGGUUCUUUGGAGAAGUCUUUCGAGGUGUUUGGAAUGGAACAGAUGUUGCAAUAAAGGUUUUCUUAGAGCAAGAUCUAACUACUGAAAACAUGGAAGACUUCUGCAAUGAGAUAUCCAUUCUUAGCCGUCUUCGGCAUCCAAAUGUUAUUUUAUUUCUAGGUGCAUGCACAAAGCCUCCACACUUAUCAAUGGUUACAGAAUACAUGGAGAUGGGAUCCUUGUAUUAUUUGAUUCAUUUAAGUGGCCAGAAGAAGAAGCUUACCUGGCGAAGGAGACUGAAAAUGUUGCGUGACAUAUGCAGGGGGUUGAUGUGCAUGCACCGGAUGAAGAUAGUUCACCGCGAUUUAAAAAGUGCGAACUGUCUCGUGAAUAAACAUUGGACUGUCAAGAUCUGUGAUUUUGGGCUCUCAAGAAUAAUGAACGAGACAAACAUGAAGGACUCCUCCUCUGCUGGAACUCCAGAAUGGAUGGCACCUGAACUUAUUCGAAAUGAACCCUUCACCGAAAAAUGUGAUAUUUUCAGCCUUGGGGUGAUAAUGUGGGAGCUCUGCACUCUAAAUAGACCGUGGGAAGGUGUUCCACCGGAGAGGGUAGUUUAUGCUGUUGCCAAUGAGGGUUCCCGAUUGGAAAUUCCGGAUGGUCCACUGGGCAGGCUUAUUUCGGAUUGUUGGACAGAACCGGAUGAUCGGCCAAGCUGUGAGGAGAUACUCUCCCGCUUGUUAGACUGCGAAUACUCACUUUGCUGAUACAAUCUUUGUUUCUUUUGUAUAGAAAACAUGGUAGAGGUGUUACAUUGUAUUCUCGGCUUAAGGUUGUAUUCUGCUGUCAAUUUCUCAAUCAUUGUAAAAUCAUAAAUUUGGUUUUUUUUCCUUUUUAUGUUCUCCGUUUUGCAUCUUCCUCCAAUGUUGCUGCGACUCAACUUUUUUGUGCAAUCAAAAAACAAAUUAGUUUGUUGA